AAUGAAAAGAAAAGAAGGAAAAGAAAGCGAAAACAUUAUUUUUAGAUGUCAAAGAAAAAGAAUAUUACAACGGCGACAUUGGCCAUUUUUGACCCUAUUUUCUCUCUUUUCUCUCGGUCAUAUAAAGUCAUCUCAUUCUCAUCAUUCCAUCCACCCCUUUUUUUACAAUCUAAAUGUAAAUGUCUGUCAGCUGCUAACAUUACUCCCCAUUCCUUUCUCUUCUUUUAAUCUUUUACUCUCUUUCUUCAGCUUCAGUCUUUGCUUUUUCCU